UUAACCUCUGGGUCCGAAACCUUGAGCAAAGAUGGCGGCGGCCAGGUGCUGCAGGCUAGCCCUCCGCGGGCCGGGGCUGUCAUUGCACACUGCGGCAGAGGCCGCCGUCACGGCUCCAGAAGUGACCGGCCCCGAUGUCACGGCGGCCCCCGUCGCGCGCUACCCGCCGAUUGUGGCCUCCCUGACUGCCAAGAGCAAGGCGGCACGGCAGCGGCGAGUGGAGCGGUGGCAGGCGACGGUGCACGCGGCCGUGUCGGUGGACGAGAAGCUGCGAAUCCUCACCAAGAUGCAGUUCAUGAAGUACGUGGUUUAUCCGCAGACUUUCGCUCUGAACGCUGACCGCUGGUAUCAGAGUUUCACCAAGACCGCGUUCCUGUCGGGCCUGCCGCCGCCGCCAGCCGAGCCCGCGGAGCCCGCGGAGCCCGCGCCCGUCCUGGACCUAGCGGCCUUGCGCGCCGCCGCGUGUGACUGCCUCCUGCAGGAGCACUUCUACCUGCGGCGCAAGCGGCGCCCUCCCCUCUACCAGGACCGCGAGGCUAUCGCCUCGCCCUUCCUGGAUCAGCUGGUGGCCACCCUCAUGGGCCUGCUCAGCGCACACAACCCCGCCUUGGCCACCGCCACCCUCGAUUGUAAACGCCCAGUUCACUUUUACUGGUUGCGAGGUGAAGAAAUUAUUCCUAGUGGUCAUCGGAAAGGUCGAGUUGAUGCUUUGCGAUACCAAAUAAAUGAUAAACCACACAACCAGAUUCGAAUAUCCAAACAACUCCCACAGUUUGUGCCGCUGGAUUAUUCUAUACCUGUCGAAAUCCCUGUUAUAACUUGUAAGCCAGACAAACUUCCCUUAUUCAAACGACAAUAUGAAAAUACCAUAUUUAUUGGCUCAAAGACAGCAGACCCAUACUGUUACGGUCACACACAGUUUCAUCUGUUACCUGACAAAUUAAAAAGGGAAAGGCUUUUGAAACAGAACUGUGCUGAUCAGAUAGAAGUUGUUUUUAGAGCUAAUGCUAUCGCAAGCCUCUUUGCUUGGACUGGAGCACAAGCUCUGUAUCAAGGAUUUUGGAGUGAAGCAGAUGUUACUCGGCCUUUUGUCUCUCAGGGCGUGAUCACAGAUGGAAAAUACUUUUCCUUUUUCUGCUACCAGUUAAAUACUUUGGCACUGACUGCACAAGCUGAUCGAAAUAACUCUCGUAAAAAUAUAUGUUGGGGGACACAAAGUAAGCCUCUUUAUGAAACAAUUGAAGAUAAUAAUGUGAAAGGUUUUAAUGAUGAUGUCCUGCUCCAGCUAGUUCACUUUCUACUGAACAGACCAAAAGAAGACAAAUGACAGCUGUUGGAAAACUAAGAAGAAAUAAUUGAUUCAGGACUUCGGGAAUACUUGAGUUUCACUGAAGGAAAAAUAAAGGGAAUUUUAAUGAUGA